ACGGCAGCGCGCCGACGAGAGCUGGGAGUGGAGCAUGCGGCAGGAACCUGAGGACCAAGGCCGACCGCGCGGCCAGGGCCAAGUCCGCCCGCUCGGACGACGUGUCGAGCUUCAUGUCCUACAGCUCGUCCACGAGGCGCAGCAUUCUCGAGGAGAACCGCAGUGCCAUCCUGAAAGAGAAGGAAGACAAGCUGCGGGCCGAGCGCGAGCGCACCCAGCAGCGGCUGGCGGAGGCCGAGGCGCGGCGCUGCGAGGGCCUGCGCGUGCGCAGCACCGGGCCGCCGGUGCUGCGGGCCGCGCGCGAGGUGGCACAGCAGCAGGCCUCGCGCAUGCAGCGCGUGCGCCAGGCCGAAUGCGAGGCGCUGCGGCAGAAGCUGGAAGACGGAAGGCCGACGGCCGGCUACCCGACGAGGCCGCGCACGCGCUCGCAGUCGCCGACCCGCAGGCCACCGCAUCCGCCCCCCGCUGCGCCCCCCGCGGCGCCCGCGCCAGCCGCUCCCGCCGCGCCAGCCGCGCCAGCCUCCGCAGGGUACCCCUCCGCAGCAGCGGCGCCUGCCCCCCCAGCGGCGCCAGCAGCGCCGGCCCCCGCGGCGGCGCCGCCGGCCUCCGAGGAGCCUGCCACCCUGCCGGCGUGCGCCGUGGCGCCCGCCGCGCCCGCCUCCGCAGCGGGGCUGGCCUCCCCAUCGGGGACAGCCGCGCCCACCCCUCCGGCGGCUCGGCCAGCUCCCGCCGUGGCGAUGGUGGCGCAUGCCGCGCCCGCCGCAGUGGCUGCCUUGGCGGCGCCAGCAGCGCCGGCCUCCGCGGCGGCGCCGCCAGCUGCCACUGCGGCGGUUCCAGCCGCGCCGACCUCGCUGGCCGCGCCCUCCUCCGCAGUGGCGCCAGAUUGCCUAGAGGCGCCAGCCGCGGCCGCCUCCCCAGAGGUUCCAUUGGCCGUCUCCCUUGUGGCCUCCAUGGCCGCGCCCGCUUCCACAGCGGCGCCUGCCCCCCAGGCGGUACUGGCAGCGCCCACCUCCCCAGCGGCGCUGCCAGUCCCCGCGGGGGCGAUGGCGGGGCAGGCCGCGCCAGCCGCCGCAUCGGCCUCCAUUGUGACGCAAGCAGCGCUGGCUUCCCCAGCGUUGCCGCCAGCCCCCGCAGCGGUGGUUCCACCCUCGCCGACCGCGAUGGCCACGCCCGCUUCCGCAGUGCCGUUCGUUUCCCUGGAGGCGCCAGCAGCGCCCGCUUCAAGGCCGGCGCUGCUGGCCGCAGCGUCCGCCUCCGCAGGGGCGCUUGCCUCCCCAGCGACGUCAGCAGCGCCAUCAGCGCUGGCACCCGCAGCUGCGCCGCAGGCCUCCGAGGAGACGACCACCCUGCCAGCGUGCGCCAUGGCGCCAGCCGCGCCCGCCUCCGCAGCGGGGCUGGCUUCCCCAACGGGGAAAGCCGCGCCCACCUCUCCGGCGGCUCUGCCAGCUCCCGCCGUGGCGAUGGUGGCGCAUGCGGCGCCCGCCGCAUUGGCUGCCUUGGCGGCGCCAGCAGCACCGGCCUCCACGGCGGCGCCGCCAGCUGCCACUGCGGCGGUUCCAGCCGCGCCGACCUCGCUGGCCGCACCUGCCUCCGCAGUGGCGCCAGUUUGCCUGGAGGCGCCAGCCGCGGCCGCCUCCCCAGCGGUUCCAUUGGCCUUCUCCCCUGUGGCCUCUCUGGCCGCGCCCGCCUCCACAGCGGCGCUUGCCCCCCGGGCGGUACUGGCAGCGCCCACCUCCCCAGCGGCGCUGCCAGUCCCCGCGGGGGCGAUGGCGGGGCAGGCCGCGCCAGCCGCCGCAUCGGCCGCCAUUGUGGUGUCAGCAGCGCCAUCAGCGCUGGCACCCGCGGCUGCGCCGCAGGCCUCCGAGGAGACGACCACCCUGCCAGCGUGCGCCAUGGCGCCAGCCGCGCCCGCCUCCGCAGCGGGGCUGGCUUCCCCAACGGGGAAAACCCCGCCCACCUCUCCGGCGGCUCUGCCAGCUCCCGCCGUGGCGAUGGUGGCGCAUGCCGCGCCCGCCGCAUUGGCUGCCUUGGCGGCGCCAGCAGCGCCGGCCUCCGCGGCGGCGCCGCCAGCUGCCACUGCGGCGGUUCCAGCCGCGCCGACCUCGCUGGCCGCGCCCUCCUCCGCAGUGGCGCUUGCCUCCCCAGCGACGCCAGCAGCGCCAGCGGCGCCUGCACCAGCAGCGGCGCCGCCGGCCUCCGAAGAGCCGGCCACCUCGCCAGUGCGCGCAGUGGCGCCCGCCGCGCCCGCCUCCGCAGCGGCGCUGGUCUCCCCGGCGGCGCUUCUAGCAGCGCCCACCUCCCCUGCCGUGCAGGGCGCGCCGAUGGCCGCGUCGGCCGCCUUGGUGGUGCCAGCAGCGCCGGCCUCCCCGGCGUUGCCGCCGGCCUCCCCGGCGGCGCGUCCAGCCUCUCCGGCCGCGCUGGCCGCGCCCGCCGCCGCAGCGCCGCUCGUGGCCCCCGCGGCGCCCGCAGCACCCGCCUCGUGGGCGGCGCCGCAGACUGCCUCCCCUGCGGCACUCCCCUCCGGGGCGGCGCAUGCCCUGGCCCCGUCCGCGUCGACGGCCGCGGCGCAGCGCGGGCCCGAGCUGCCGCCCCCGACUGGCGUGGCAGUGGUGAGGUCGGUCGAGGCGCCGCCCGAGCAGACGCCAGAGGCAGCCGCAGCAGGCAGCCCUGCCAUUCCGGCGCUGGCCGUGGAGGCGGCGCCGCAGGCCCCGGCAACCAGGCUCAGACACAGCAGCCCAGAUCCACACCUCGAGGAGGUAAUCGACGUACGGGACGCGCCGUUGUCUGGCAGGCUGCCAGAACUGACGAUGAAGGCCCCGGCAGCCACGCUGAAGGAGCCGAGCCUGAAGCCUCAGUCCGAGGAGGCCGUCGACGCAGGGGGCGCGCCCCUGCCUUCCUGGCUGGCGGACCUGCAGAUCGAG